AAGCGCCGGCCGCAUUUCCUUACAUUCCUACUUUAAGGACUUCUUCGACUUGGAAUUCUCCGGUUGAAUUCCGUAAGAGUUUUCUUUAGUUUUAAGACGCUUUGUGUGGAAUUCCAUCACUUAGCGAUUUGUGAAUUUUCGAAAGGCAAAUUCAAUCGUUGCAGCUUAAAACUAGCGAAAAGAAAACACAAAUAUAAUACAUAAUAAAUAAUGUGCCUACAAUAAUAUAAGAAAAUUAGCUUUAAAAUAAAAAUAAAUGAUGAAAAAGUGAUUAUCAAAAUGUGAAAUACGUUGCUGUGUUUAAAAUAAUAUUAUACUUACUUAAUAAUAAAAUAUUAUUAUCAUAAAUAGAAUAUGAUUGUAUAUUAUCUUAAAAAUAAGUGAAAACAUUAAAAAUCCAUUAGUGGUCUCAAUAUAAUGUUGGUUUAGUGUCAUUUGUUCGUAAAGUGAUACAACAUGUUGCCAGUGCCACAGGAUCGUAUGUCCGGACGACGCAGCAGUUCUAUUGUUAGUAGGACAUUGCUGGGUCGUCGAGCCUCCGUCUACGUCACUAGCAACCAGCAAGAUCCGGCUAAGCUAAUAACGGAGAUAAACGUGCAGCUGGCAUUAUUCCGCGACCUUCUGAUUCACAUUGGCCAGCCUCACGACUGUCCCGAGUUGCGGGAGAGAGUGCGACGUCUACGCCGGACUUGCGUAGAAGCAACCAAGCAAACCAGCCAGUUAGUUCUGCCCGCCUCGAAAAAGUCAACAAGCGAAGGCUGCGCAGACCAGCCCCAGUUGGUGCUGCUGUACUUUAUGUCCCAACUACUCCUCCGAGAGCUUGCCAAGUGCCAUCGGCUCGUGCAGCUCGUGCCUAUGGACAUGACUUCAUACUAUGAAAACCGUGCGGGUCCCUCGAACUUCGGCAACGUGAUCAGUCAGAUAUUGCUGUGCAAGCAGAUCACGCCUGACUUCAACCAGGAGGAACUAUGCAGCAUCGCCAAGGACACGCAGGAAAUCACAAGGAUCGUCAACGACAUACAGGAGUACCUCCCCCAGCAUGAGAACCUUAAUCAUCUAGAGACUACUGUUGCGCUUAAAGGCGACGACGUUAACGGCCUAUGGAGGAACAAACGGAGAGGAUCGCUCUACAAAGGCAUGGGAGUCCUUUGUUGUAUGUCGCGUCCUAACUACCUCUGAGGGUGACGAGUAUCGCCUCCGCGGCGGCUGGGAGUCACAGAUUAAAUUAUAACAAAGAACUUACAAUUCAAAACACCAGUGUAACAAUAACAAAAACUUCAAGUGUUCAUAAACUGUAAGUGAACGCGGUUAGCUAAGUAGGGGUAAGGAAUGAUUGAUUCAUCAAGAGUAGAAAUUAAAGGGUCCAUUAGAUUGCUAUACUAGCGAAGCAACAUAUUGUGCUAGGUAUGCUUAUGUUUUAAAUACAUCGCACCUUCAAAACUAAAGUAACCUAACCCAAAAUUCAUAAAUAUUGAAUUUUGAAUUAGUGGUUCUGGUGUGCAAUUAACGUUAAAAGAUAAAAAUUGAAGUGGCUCUCUUUAUUAAUAUUAUUAAUAUACUAGUAGUCAUCGAUAAAAAUUAAAAGUAGGUGAACCAAUUUGAAGUAGCAUGAAAAAAAGCAUAUUUUUGUAUUUUCGGAAUGGGUUACUUUCUUGUUGAAGGUACAUAAAAGCAUAUAGGUAAGUGAAUGUUUCAAUUAAUGAUAUCAGUAUAUAAUAAAUUAUUGUGUAAGGUGCACGAUAUGCUUAAAUCUAAUAAAGGAGAUAUUGUGAAUAGCCUGGAGUGGGAUCAAUUGCGUUAAGUAGACUAAUGAUUACCUAAUUUAACUUUAUGUUGCACUAAUAAGGCUGGGCGCUGGCUACAAUCGCAUGAGCGUCUAGAUACUUUUGCGGCCAUAGCGUCUAAAAAAGAAGCUCAAGCUUCUCUAUGGCAGCUAUGAAAUGCUCAAAUACUUCCGUUCAGAUGCCCUAGCUGCCCCAGCACCAAGUUAGAAUCCUGAAGGAGAAUAUCCACACCAGCGAGCUAUUCGGAUCAUGAACCGCUCAGCUCGCAGAUGUGCAAGUGGAUAAAGUUGAAAACUCAUUCCACUCCACAUAAAACGAGUGGAAACUAAAUCGCUCAGCUCCCAAGUGCGGAUGCUCCUUUAGCUGCUAAAAUAAGUUAGCCGCUUAUCAAUAGGUACCGUAUUGCGAUUCUUGGAUCGCAGGAUUUCAAGAACAUCCGAACACAUUGCGAUCCUGUCAAUAUAGAUAACCAUCAAUAUUUCCUCGAUAAAGGAUCACGAUAUCGCGUAUCGCAUGACAAUAUUGAUAGUGUAAUAGGCCUCAAUGGGCGAAUAACACACGGUACAACACAAGAGACAAGAUUUCGUACGUAGCAACACACUUUCGUCACGAAAGAUCACGACGCGGGGCCCGACUCUGAAUACUGAAAAAUUAAAUGGCUAUUUUAAUUAUUAUUAAGUAGAUUACUUUUGGCGUUUGCUGUAUUGCUAGAAUUAUAAAGAGUAAAUAAAGCGUUAAGAUUAGGUAUCUACAUACCUUUUUAAAUUCUUUCCAAUAUUCGAAGGUUUGGACGCUGCUCUUAUCUUGCUUAUUGUACCCAGUUAGUAGUUGCAUGUAAAUUGUUUUAAAUUAAUUUGUCAUUAACUUAAAGGUAGUAACGGACAAUAUUUUCUCCUCUCAUAAGAAUAGAACCAUGAGAAUAUCAAAAUCUUAAAAAGAUUAAUUUAUUUGUUACAGUGAAAGCAAAGCAAGUAGUCCGAUCUGAACACGAGGCAUUACGACUCCGCAGUGUACAAAAACAGAUCUCAGUGGGGCUUAUGGCCUUGGCUGUCAUUGCGCAGACUACCAUGUUGCAACUUCAUAUUGCACUACUUGUUUUGCGAUUACUGUGCAUUCUACAAUUCAUGUUAUUUAUCAUCUCACUGUGCUAUUUUAUUAUUGUUAUGUAGGUAUGUAACUGGCAUGUAUUUAUG